UGGCGGCGGCGGCGGUGCGGGCCGGGAGGGCGGCGGGCGCGGGCGGCGGCGGCGGGCGCGGCGGAGCCGUGACGGCCUGAGCGGCCGCGCCCCGGCGCUUCUCCCGGCGACAUGGAGGCGGCGGCGGGCGGCGAGGACGGCGAGGAGCCCCCGCGGGAGGCCCGAGUCCUGGGCUCUGAGCUGGUGGAGACGUACACGGUGUACAUUAUUCAGGUCAGUGUUGGCAAUCAUCAGUGGACAGUCAAACAUCGUUACAGUGAUUUCCAUGACCUGCAUGAAAAGCUUGUUUCAGAGAAGAAAAUAGAUAAAAAUCUGUUACCUCCAAAGAAGAUCAUUGGAAAAAAUUCCAAAAGCCUUGUGGAGAAAAGACAAAAGGAACUGGAGAUCUACUUGCAAACUCUGCUGCUCAAGUUCCCUGUUACUGCGCCAAAAGUUUUGUCACACUUCCUACACUUUCAUUUAUAUGAGAUCAAUGGGAUCACUGCUGCAUUGGCUGAAGAGCUCUUUCACAAAGGAGAGCAGCUCUUAAUGGCUGGAGAAGUGUUCACCAUCAGGCCCUUGCAGUUGUAUGCUGUCACCCAGCAGCUGCUGCAGGGCAAACCUACCUGUGCUAAUGGAGAUGCCAAAACAGACCUAGGGCAUAUUCUGGAUUUCACUUGUAGACUCAAGUAUCUAAAGGUCACUGGAACAGGGGGACCUUUUGGAACCAGUAACAUUCAGGAGCAUCUCUUGCCUUUUGAUCUGUCUAUUUUCAAAUCACUUCAUCAAAUAGAGAUCAGUCAUUGUGGGGGAAAGCUUAUCAAAGGACUGACUUCAUCAAAACAUGCUCUGGCCACUCUGAGUGUUCGAUUUUCAGCAACAUCAAUGAAGGAAAUCCUGGUGCCUGAGGCCUCUGAGUUUGAUCAGUGGGAGCCAGAGGAUGCACUGGAUUCAAGUUGUCCAGUGACAGCAAUUAUUCCAACCUGGAGAACUUUAACGACUUUGGAUAUGAGUCACAAUAGCAUCUCUGAAAUUGAUGACUCAGUGAAAUUAAUCCCAAAGAUUGAGUUCCUGGAUUUGAGUCACAAUGGGGUGUCUCUGGUGGAAAAUUUACAGCAUCUCUACAACCUUGUUCACCUGGACUUAUCCUACAACAAACUUACAUCACUAGAAGGUGUUCACACAAAACUGGGAAACAUCAAAACUCUGAAUUUAGCAGGAAAUCAGCUGGAAAGGCUGUGUGGUCUUAACAAACUGUACUCAUUAGUCAACUUGGAUCUGAGCAACAACAAAAUAGAACAGAUUGAUGAAGUAAAAAAUAUUGGCAACCUGCCAUGCUUGGAGAAGGUGAUGUUAUCCAGCAACCCACUGAGCAUCAUCCCUGAUUACCGCACCAAAGUCCUCGCUCAGUUUGGGGACAGGGCCUCCGAGGUUUGUUUGGAUAACAUUGUUACCACAGAAAAGGAACUAGACACAGUAGAAGUGUUAAAAGCUAUUCAAAAAGCAAAGGAGGUGAAAUACAAACUCAGCAACUCUGAGAAAAAGAUCAGUGAGGACUCCAGGCUCACUGCUGCCAGCUCCAAAUCAAACUGUUCUUCUCUUACUGUUCGUCCUUCCUCUCCCUCUCUGCCUCGUCCUGUCAGCUCCAGCCAAGAAAUAAUUUGUGAAGAAACAGUCCUAGCCAGCAGUUUUUUGCAACCCAGUGGUUCGACUCCUACAGACCAUACAGUUCCCCAGAGAUGCUUUGAAAUACCAGACUCCAGAUGUAAAAUUCAGGCACCUGCUUCUUUAUUGGAUUCAUGCAAAGAGUAUGGUGGUGGUCAUCAUGUGUGUUUGGAGGGAGAACACUGUGCAGUGCCUGACCCCUGUAACACCAUCAUCUUGCCUUUUAACUGUAUGUCCUACACUGCCACCAACCAAGACUUUGUCCAGCACCUUUCUGCCUCGAUAGUGCAGGCUGUGCAGAAAUCUGCCCCCUCCCUCCCAGAGAAUAAAGGAAGCCCUGUGGAUAAUUCCACAACCACAGACAAAGCAGAUGGAUAUUUUGAAAUGGGACUUCAUGAAGGAGAUCAAACUUUUGAGUUCAGCACUACUUUGGAUGUUCAAUCAUCUGACAACAUAGCAGUGGAGAGUGUUGACAUAGUCAAAAUUCUCUGGAGCUUUUCAAUUCACAUUCAUAAAGGACUCAGACAGUUUGCUUCCUGUUUGGUUUUGACUGAUGAGAUGCUAGCUGUGUUUGAGAUUCCUCAUCAGGAACUGAGAGGAAAUUGCCAGCACAUCCCUUCUGCCUUGAAAUUAAUGCUGUGUUUUCCCUACACUGAUCUAAUAGAAUUUGGCUUUCUCCUGCCAGAAAUCUGUUUAACUCUGAAGCUGAAAAACAGUGACCACUGCCUGUUUAUUGUUUCAGACUCCCAAAAUCUUCAAGACUUUUAUUCCUGUUUACAAACGUGUUGCUCUCAACACUACACAUCAGUGUUACCAAGCUCCACAUGGUACUGUAGAAAAGCAAAUCUCCAAGAAUUUCUCUGUCAGCUUAUGGAAUUGAAUUGCAUUUCAGCCGAAGAUGUUGAAAUAAAAGGUUGUUUCCCAACAUAUCUUGUUUAUGGGAAUAAAACCAAUGUGCAGAAAGUCUUGCAUCAACCAGAGUCAGCUGGCAAUAACAAGGAAUGGUCAAAGAAUGUUUUGUGUUCUGCACUUUAUUCUUCAGUAUAUAAAUCUUCUGACCAGAGUUCCUGUGUGGUCCAUCCAUGUUGGAUAUUUCUAACACCCCAGCAUUUGUACAUAGUGAAGGUGGAUUUCAGUUUACUGCCAGGUAAAUGGGUAGGCACAGAGGAGCUGGGAAGUGUAUUUAAGCUGACUAGAAUUCCAUUGGCAUCACUUGUGCUGCAUCCAGCUCACGGUGCCACGCAGCAGAAGGGUUCAUUUUUGGAUGGACACGUGCUGGAGUUGCUUGUUGGAUACAGAUUUGUUACAGCAGUGUUUGUUCUACCUCAUGAGAAAUUCCACUUUCUAAGAAUCUACAGCCUUCUAAGGACACUGCUCCAGGAUGUUAAGACUAUUAUUAUUUUCAAAGCUUCAAGCAAAUUGGAUGCUGUAAGAAAUCAUGCUGUGGAGGCAAACAGACACGGUCAGGCAGCCAGUUUUUGCAAGCCUCAUCUGACAUUGUCAUCCUUAUACCCAUCUGAGCUUCUUAUGCAGAAGAUAACAGAAGACAACCAGAUUCCUGUUCACCUUCAUGUUUCUGUGUCUCUGCAGUAUGUGGCUGGGCUGCAGGGAAGAGCCCUUGUUGAAUUUUUCCAUAGCAACAUUGCAGAGGUGGAAAAUGAGGAGCUGAGACACCUCAUGUGGUCUUCAGUUCUGUUUUACAAGACUCCCAGUGUGGAAGUGAUGGCUUGUGUGCUUCUCUCAACAAAAGCUAUUUACUUUCUGUUGGAUGAUUCUUUCAUUCAUGCAGAUGAGCACCAGUCAGAUUUUUGGAACAAAGAAAACUCAGAUUGUGAAAACAGUACUUUCCACCUCUCUUGCUGCUUUGUGCUAAAACUCAAUGACCUGCAGUCAGUAAAUGUUGGCCUGUUUGACCAAUACUUCCGAAUUACUGGACAUUCUGCAGAUCACAUUGUCACCUGCCUGACAAGGGACAGUUACAACACUCACACCUUCAUACAGCAGCUUAUGGCAGUCCUGUCACUGCUUGCACGCACUCCUUCACCUGAACCAGUAGACAAGGACUUCUACUCUGAAUUUGGGAGUAAAAACACAGGAAAAAUGGAGAAUUAUGAACUGAUUCACUCUAGCAGAGUAAAAUUUAUUUAUCCAAAUGAAGAGGAAAUUGGGGACCUUGCUUUUCUAGUGGCAGAGAAGAUGGAUGGCUUGACCAAUCUUCCAUCCCUCAACAUCCUUCUGUAUGUGUUGGCAUUUCAAGUAAAUCACUUUGAAGGAUCUGCUCAGAACACUAGUUCACUUCAACCUAAAACACUGAUAUUGACCAGCUCUGAUUUGUUCCUCUUUGAUGAAGAUUAUAUCAGUUACCCACUACCUGAAUUUGCUAAGGAGCCACCAAAGAGAGACAAGUACCAGCUUGCAGAUGGAAGACGAAUCCGGGAUUUAGAUAGAGUGCUCAUGGGCUAUCAGACAUACCCACAGGCCCUUACAUUUGUGUUUGAUGAUGUUCAGAAUCAGGACCUGAUGCAGAAUUUAACACUGGAUCACUUUGGAGAAGCUGAUAGUGUUCCCAAAGGAAUUUCCAAACCAGAGGGCAGCAGGAGCACAGAGAUCCAGUGGUACAUUUUUAUCCCAAGUGCAGAAAGCAGGGAGAAAUUAAUUUCAUUGCUUGCAAGACAGUGGGAGAUCCUGUGUGGUAGGGAAUUGCCUUUGGAACUCACUGGGUAAUUACUGCACAGCCAAGUGAUUUCAGUGUGUGUUACAAGGUGAAGCACAGUGAGUAAGCAGAUAGCACCUGUCAAGUUCUCUUUGUUUUCAUGAGGAGCUGGCCUGGACUCCUUUGCUCCCUGGUGCAGUGAAGGUGUAAUAAAUAGUACAUAGAAAUAUCCUGAAGUGUUAACUGGGGACUGACCUUCUUGUACAGUCUAUUUUUAUGCAAUAGUAUAUAGUGAAAAAAACCCACAUGAGACAUCCUGGGAAACUGUAUGGAAAAUUUAAGGAGUCAACACUAGAUAUUCUGUCGUCUGGGGCUGUUAAGGUUUCCACUAUUUUUCUGUAUAUAUCAGUCUUGCUGUUCUAUACAAAUUCUAAUGUGUAAAUAAGGGUAAAUGCUUGUGUAUGUUCAAGUGCAAUGUUCUUUGUACAAGAAGUAUUUUGGGUAUGCUGCUAAUGCUUAUUAUUUAAUGAUCUUACAAUUUUACAUAUGUUUUUCUUUGAGGCCAAGUGUAAAAUUAUUUGCUGCCAAUCAUUAACUUAACAGUAAAAUUUGAGCCACAAGCAGGUAACAAAUUUUCAUAUGAAACUAUUUUCACUGGCAUUCAUUUUCCUUAUCCAAGGAUAAAAGAAUUGCUUGGUAAAGAUCCCCUCAGUAUUGUCUUGAAAGUGGAAAUACCCAAUGUGGUAUAUCAGCAUUUUGUCAGCAAAUAAUGGAUUUGUAUCUCUGAACACAAAGUCUUUCUUUUGCCUCUCUUGUCAAUACAAAUAAAGUGUAAUUUGACAGUUUU